CCCUUAAAAAGGGACUGUAGAAGUAUGAACCUUUUAAUCACUUUUAUCCUCAAAGACGUGUGUUGUAUUUGUGUUUAAAAACCAAAUUUCCUGAGAAAAAUUGAAAAAAGCUCUUCCUUUUCCCCUGCUUUUGCUUUUGAACAUUUUCAUGCAUUAUCACUUUGUAAAAGCUAGCAGUAGAUGUAGACUUGUGAUGACUGAGUGUUUUACGGGUGUUGCUCCACCAUUGAUUUCUCACUCUUGAGAAAAUCAAAUGUCUAUCAAUUCUCAUGUUUGAUUGAGCAGCAGGUCUUCAUGUGGUCAAACAAAAAUAGCAGAAGGCGACAUCAUUGAACAGGAACUAUUUUUCUUUACUUUUAGUGUAUAUUUUCAAUUCUCUGAAGUUUCCUAUUGUAUUAGAGGAAUGUUGAUGAUAGAAGUUGCUUCAAUUAAUUGCAGAAUACAUAAAAUUGAAAGAUUCCAAACAUGUCAACAUAGACCUGUCAUGGACUGAUGGUUGACUUGAAGUCAAUUGUGCUGAUUGCCUGAUUAUUAACUUUUCACCUAACUUGGAUUUUAUAUUUCUGAAAAUAUAAUUACAAAAUUGAAUGUUUCUUUCAGUGGUGUGGAAGCUAUUUUUCUAAAUCAUGGAUAUAUAAUCUAACAAAUACUUGCAGAAGGCCACAUCACUGAAUCGGUACUCAUUUUUCCAAUCUCUGAUGUUAUAGAUGAUUUUUAGUUAAAUAAAAUCGAGCUUACGAGAUAAGAUAGUCCUGUGAAACAUCGGUGAUAGAAGGAGUUCUAGUUGGCAAUAGUAAUCACAGAUGUAUCUAAAGAGAGGGGACAAAUAUUGGAUUUUUCAGGGAAGCGAAAAAAAUUUAAUAAAAAAUGGAGCUUGGGUAUUAGAAAAAAGCAUAUCCUUGUUUCAUGGAAAAACAAAUCCAAUCCGCUACUUCUCAACUGAUGAGCUCAAUCACAUGAACGUGGAAUAUGAAUGUAAACAUGAUAGCAUGUACCAAGGCUCUUGGGAGGGGAGAGCAGUACUGGUAAAAUUGCUAGAAAAUUUGCCUGAGAAGGUAUCGUCGGAAUACUUCCGUGAAGUGCUUGGUUCACUGACGGGUACGCAUGGUAAUGAUCAUAAGGUAGAGUGGCAUACAAUUGAGUUUCGAAUGAGGGGUUCUCAGGGUAAUGUUCAUCAGCUGAUGCUAUUCCCACCGCCUGAGGAGAAGGAGGAGGAGGAGGAAUUAUUGGAGCUCUUGCGUGAAAUUGUGGUUGGUUCACAGAUGGGUACGCACAGUAAUGUUCAUAAGCUACUAGGAUGUUGCCUCGAAACUGAACUUCCUGUUCUUGUUUAUGAGUAUAUAGAAGAUGAAACUCUUGAAGAUCGUAUCUUACUCAUAAACAAGAACCAAAACAAACAACCGUUAGAAUGGAAGGAUAGGCUAAGGAUUGCUUGGGAAAUAUCUCAUGCUAUUGCCUAUCUUCACACUGCUUUUCCGAGGCCUAUCAUCCACACACACCUGACGCCUAAAACAGUGUUUUUAGACAACAACAUUGCCAAAUUGUAUAACUUUGGUAGCUCUGUUUCUAUUCCUGAGGGUGAAGAAUUUGUGAAACUUAAUUUAAUACAUGGGACUUCGGGCUAUAUGGCACCUGAAUUUUCAAACAAUUCUCAUGUGGCAGAGAGUAUAGAUGUUUAUUCAUUUGGUAUGCUUUUUCUUAUGCUCUUGACUGCGAAAGAAGUUAGUAACAAAACUCAUAACUCCAUUGGAUUAAAGGAAUGGGUGCAGGAAGGUAUAAAGAACAAGUGCAUAAGUGAGAUUGUAGAUUCUGCAAUUACUAGAAAUGGAGUGACAGGCAUUGAAGAGCUCCAGUUGAGAGCAUCUAUACACCUUGCACUCUCGUGUGUAGUAAAAGAAGCAUAUUCUAGGCCAACAAUGGUGGAGGUUGCAAUUGAGCUCAAGAGCAUGAUAACAUCCCCUGAAUCUAUCCCUUCCACCAGUACUUUUAAGGGAAGCAAUGUACACAGAAUUUUCAAUGGAAGUGAAGAAAAUUUUAUGCAGUCUAAAGCAUUGGUGCUUCCAGAAAGCUUUUCCUUGUUUCAUGAUAGGGUCCCUAUCCGUUUCUUCUCAGUUCAUGAGCUUAACACCAUGAACGUGGAAUACGAUCAGAUAUUUCGAUAUUGGUACCAAGGUUCUUGGGAAGGAAGAUCUGUUUUGGUAAAGCUGCAAAAUGCAGUGACCAUUGACUCCAGUGAGACUCAAUUGAGAAUUUGGCGUGAAAUAUUGGUGGCUAUUCAGACUGCUACUCAUAAUAAUGUCCAAAAAUUACUAGGGUGUUGCCUUGAGACCAAAUUUCCGGUUCUUGUUUAUGAGUGGGUGGCUGCUGAGACUCUUGAGGAUCGUAUUUCAUCCAAAGAUGAGAACCAGAAAAUGUUGCCACCAUUAGCGUGGAAGGACAGGCUAAGGAUAGCAUGGGAGAUAUCACAUACUGUUUCCUAUUUUCACACAGGUCCUCGGCCCAUCAUCCAUGGAAACUUGAAGCCUGAAAAUAUUUUUUUGGACCAAGAUGGCUCUGUCAAACUGUCCAAUUUUAAUCAUUAUAUUUGUAAUGUUGAGGGUGAUGAAUUUGGGGUAAAAGAUCAUAGAAUAGAGACUAUCAGUGGUUUGAUGAUUCCUGAAUAUUUUGAAGGUUACUCAGUGGCAGAGUGUGCAGAUGUGUAUUCUUUUGGCUUGCUUUUACUUGUACUCUUAACAGGCAAGGAUAAUGCUUCUUUUCCGUCUACUACCACAACACAGCAAAAAUCGACUAAUCUAAUUCACUGGGUAAUCAAAGCAGUCAGAAUGGAGCGCAUUAGUGAGAUUAUAGAUCCUGCAAUCAAUAUAAAUGAAGUGACAACCAUUGAAUUGAGGGCAUCUAUAGAUCUUGCACUCAGGUGCACAACAAGUCUGGCAGACUGUAGGCCAACUAUGGCUGAUGUUGCAACUGAGCUCAAAUGCAUGAUUUGUUCUCAUGAGUCUAUCCCUUGUGCAAUAAGCUUUCAGGAAAAGGACAUAUACAGGAGUUUUCGUGGAAGCAAAGAAUAUUUUAUGCAAUAUGAAGCAUUGUUACUAGAAAUAAACAUUUCCUUGUUUCAUGAUAGAGCCAACCCAAUCCGUUACUUCUCAGUUAAUGAGCUUAAUGACAUGAAUAUUGAAUAUUAUAGUGUUUUUCAGGAGGAUGGUGUCUUUAAAUGGUAUCAAGGUUCUUGGGUGGGAAGAGUUGUUUGGAUAAAGCUGCCAAGAAGAUUGUUUGACAUGGAGAGCCUUGCGCUCUCUGACAAUAUCCGACUGAGCCUUCUGCAUGAAGUUGUGAUUGCUACACAAGUAGCUACUCAUAAUAAUGUCCAUAAACUACUAGGAUGUUGCCUUGAGACUAAAGUUCCUGUUCUUGUUUAUGAGUGUAUGGAAGCUGACAAAACUCUUGAAAAUCGUAUAUUAUUCAAAGAUGAUUACCAAAACAAACAUCUGCCAUUGGAGUGGAAUGACAGGCUAAGAAUUGCACUGGAAUUAUCUCAGGUUGUUUCUCAUCUUCACAAAUCUUUCCGCAGGCCUAUCAUCCACGGGUUAUUGAGACCUUGUAGUGUUUUCUUGGACCAGGACAAUGCUGUCAAAUUGUCCAACUUUAGCUCUUCUGUUUCUAUUCCUGAGGGUAAAAACUUUGUGCAAAAUACAAUUAAUAAUAGCUUUUAUAUGGAACCUGAAUAUUAUGAAAACAGAGAAGUGGGCGAGUGUACAGAUGUCUAUUCAUUUGGCAUCCUUUUUCUAGUGCUCUUGACAGGGAAGUCUGCUGAUUUUAGCUCGGCAGAGGGACACAUCAGGUCGACAAAGUUAGUUGACUGGGUAACUGAAAAAGUCAGAAAGAUGUGCGUUAGUAAGAUUGUAGAUCCUGCAAUCGCUGAGACCGGAAUGUACACCACUGAAAUGACUGCAUCUAUAAAACUUGCCCUCAGGUGCACAACCAAAAGAGACAAAAGGCCAACCAUGGUGGAUGUUGCUACUGAACUUGAGAAAAUCAGAUCCUCUGAUCUUCCAAACAGUUUCUCUCGACUACGGGGUUGCUUUACUUCUUAGUUCAUCUACUCCAAUUUCUCAUGCUUUAUGUUUGUGUUGAUCAAUGCUUUAAGUUGUAGUUGAAUAAAGAUUUUUAUCAAUUAGAAGAGUGCCUAUAAGUUUGUAC